GCGGGAACGUGCGUCUGUGUCUCUGAACAUAGAAGGCUGUUAUGAUGGAAAGUUACAAGCAAUAUGGGGUUUGGGUAAUCAGUUAUUUGCUUUUAAAGGAAGUACACCUUUAACAAGGCCUGGUACAGGUGCAAGAGGUAGUCUUAAGGCAGCCAGUGAUGUCUGUGACGUAAGGUGGAAUACAGAGAUGCAUAAUCCUGUUACAAGAAAACUUGUCAAUGAAACUCACAAUAUAUUUUCAAUGCUACAAGGACAAGUUGCAAGUUCCACUGGACAGCAUCUACAAUCUCAAUUGGUUCUAAGCAGUAAACAAUAUAGAGCUGUAUUAAAAGCCUGUAGUAUGGAGUUAAUCCAUCUUGCAGAGACAACACGGAAUGAACAACAAAAACAAAAAUGUGAAGAACAACUAGAAAUUUUUGAAAUGAUUCAGUUAAUUUGGGGUUUCUGUCAAAUUUUGUUUAUUGAGAUUACACCAGAUGGGUUAUUACUUAAUCAGCUACUAGAUUGGAUAAAGUGGCAUUUUACUGAGGGUAAACAAUUAGCUGUAGAAGUAAUACAUGAUGAUUUACCAGCUCAACAUCCUGCUUAUUGGGAAGCUACAUUUCGUUUGUUAUUACAAGGUGAAAUAGACAGUGUUAGAAAACUUUUAUCAUUAAAUGAAUCCUUUCAAAAUGAAGCUUUUCUUAGUGUAGAUGAAUUGUUAAGAAAAAUGCCACAGUGGACACAUUAUCAUCAUGCUCUAUCUGCUGCUGAGUUUGAUAUGAAAUGGAGACAUUGGAGAGAAGAAUGUCAGAGACGUUACGAAGAAGGUCAUUAUUCUGCAUUUCCUGAUUUAGAAACUCUUGUCAUGGUUUUAUGUGGUGAUGAAAAUGUGUUCUCUGAUAUUAAAGAUAUGUGUGGAACAUGGUAUCAUUUAUUAGUUUCCAAAAUGUUGUUUCAAAAUCCCACUGUUCGAGCAGCAGAUCUUCACUUUUAUGCUGAGACGUGUAUAGAAGAGUUUAAUAUGAGUGGUAGUAGGAUGGGAGAAUUAGAUAAUAUAUUGUUAGCAGCUAUUCAGUUUGAUAUACACCAAGUUAUUAAAGAUAGCAGUGUGUUUCUCAGUACUGGUAGCUGGUGGUUUGUAGCUCAUAUUACAGAUUUAUUACAUCAUUGUGGUCAGCUAGAUACACAAAAUUUACCGUAUGGUUCGAAUCUCAGAGAGUUUCUUAUAUUAGAAUAUGCUACUAGUUUGAUGUCUCAUAAAAGUUUGUGGCAAGUUGGUAUAGAUUAUUUAGACUACUGUACUGUAUUUGGAAGGACAUAUGUCAAACAGUUUAUUAAUCAUAUGGUAUUAGAUAAUGAGAAAAAGGCACAAAAAUUACUUCAUAUUUGUCAAGAAAGAAAUUUACAAGAUGAAGUACAAACUAUAUGUAAAGUAAUGGGAAUGAAGAGUUUAAGACUAGGAAGAUUAGGUUCAGCUCUAGCUUGGUUUUUAAGAUCUAAGGAUGUUACAGCCACCAGCAAGCUAACUGAAAGGUUAAUAGAAGAUUAUAGUAUAUGUAGUAAAUUUCAAUAUACAGAUAUAUUAGACAAUCUAGGACCAGCCAUGUUUCUUAGUAACAGACUCACAUUCCUAGUGAAGUAUCGUGAAUUUCAUAAAUUAUAUGAGAAACAAGAAACACCAGAAGCAGCCUCCUUAUUAUUAUCAUUAUUAGAAGCUAGAUUGGCACCGAGAACAUUUUGGAUAACAUUAUUACAAGAUGCUAUGCCCUUAUUAGAAAUGGACAAGGUUAUAUUUAGUAGUAGUCAGACAUAUGUUUUAAUGCAUUGUUUAGAAGAAUUGAGACAUGAAUUAGAUUCUAAAACAGAUAUAUCAAAGAAAUUAACAAACAUGGAAAAAGAUAAAUUGGAUUUAUUACAACUAUGUUUAACAAGAAAUCUAUCAAAAGCCAUAAAAGAGGAAGGAACAAUAAAAUCGUCCUGAUGAAAGCUUUGCCCUGUACAAUUAUCACAAGAUAUGCUAUCCAACAUUUGUAUGUUGAUAGCAUUAAAGAUAUGUGAACUGAACAAAAAUAUGGUUAACACAUAAAUGACAUCUAUACAAUGUGGGAAAAUACUGUGAACACAUAAUAAAUUACUGUUAUAUGCCUCAAUAAAAUAUUUGUAUAUAAUCAAGUUGUGUAUAAUUUGUGAGAAGACUAGCUUCUUAGCAUAUUCUCUGAAUUAUUUCAGGUGAUCAUUUUACUACUAUGUUUGAAAAGUGAGCAUUUCAGAUGAGACUGACCACCAUGAAAAACCAUCAUUUAUGAUGAAUGUACAAAUUUCAUUACAUUAAGAUACAAAAAGUUUCUGUUUCGUCUGUCAUUACCAUAUAUAAUAUAUUUGAGCAAACAUCCUAAAUACUGUGAACCUAAAUGAAAUGCUGUGUUCAAUACCUGUCCUGAUUACCGUGUUCACAGAGCUAAUGUUCUUCUAUGACCUUCAUCAUGAAUGAGUGUAAAAAAUGGCUGCAACUGAUAUAAUGAGUUGGUGCAAUUUUUUUUCUGGUCUCUUAACAAUACUAAUAAAAAGUUUGAAAUUGGAAAAUUAUGCUUACAUAUCUUUGUAGUCUAUUAUAGAUACAAAGUCGUGAAUAAUGCCUUUACAGUCUCCAUUUUCGAGAAAUAGUUUUGGACUUGCAAGAAAGCUGUAAUCACUAUUUUCACAGCAUGUUAGAACUAGGCACAAAGUACAUUACUGUCUAGUGAUUAUAUGGUUUACAGUCACAAAUCCAAUACAAAGUACAGACCACAGUAAUAUUAAAUAUACCCAUAUCUUGUGGUAAAAUGGUGAACUGUGCUUGUUUUCUAUUGUUUUACAUACAUCCUGUUUUCUGGCAUAAUAAACUAAACAUGCUGGAAUGAUGUAUUGUAUUCCAGUACCAGCAUAAGAUCCUGUUAUACCUACUAAAAUCUCGACUUCAUUGGUACCAAACGCUACAGCUAGUGGUGGAAUGACUGCUAACAAUGGAAACACCAAUCUGUUUAUUGUCCAAUGAAAAUUACUGUCUUUUGUUGUAAACAUUGUCUGUAGAUUGUUCCUUAAAGUUAUAGAUAUUAUCGGAAAAUUAGAACUUAAUGUGAACACUGGAAAUAGUGCCAAAAAGUACUGGAAAAACUUGAUAUCCGUAACAGCAUCCUCUGCACAAUUAACAUUAAAGAAGUUCAAUGUAUAUAAAUCAUUGAUAGAUUUAAAGGCAAAUAUACCCGUAAAAGAUAAUAAAGCAUAAAAUCCAAGAAUAAGCAUAUAGUCAGCUCCUAGCACUUUGUAUAGUUUUGAUUUGUCUUUUAUUGGUGUUAUUAAUGAAGGCAGAGAAUGGUGACACAUAAAAGAAUAAACACAAACGCCAAAUAAAUUGGGUAUCCCUGAUAAAUUUCCUACAGAAGGGCUGCCGUUAUGUUUGGUAUCUAGUCUUAUUACUGCAAAUACUAUCAUUGUACCAAAUGCUAAAAUACAAAAUAUAAAUUAAUGUUGUUUAAUAAAAUUGUUAAACACAGAAAUUCUUGA